ACCGAGUGCAGCAAGCUGACUCUCAACGAGUCACCAGUGAAUGAUCAAUGCCGACGUUCUUGUUCACAGUCGUUGCUCAGGGAGUCGGCUACAUCCAUGAUCUCUUGAUUUGCCUAGCAAAAUUUGAUGAAGAUGUCUCACUAGAAGCUACGCCUCAAUUCCUUCGCAUCUCAAGCUUGAAUGUUUCCAAAACUUCACAUGCAUCGUUCACGCUCAGAUCAUCCUUCUUCAACAAAUACCACUUUUCUCCUGGGCCGAGGAGCGCUUCAGGACAGCCUGUGCCAAAGUUCUGGUCCUGUAAGAUUCAAAACAGGGCUCUUCUAUCUAUCUUCAAACGGCGCCUUGCAGAUCAGCGAGAUAGAGACACUGCUCUUGAAACUUGCGAGUGCGAAUUGCAGGCCAACCCUGACCAAGCAGAAUGCCGCCUGAUCUUUCGACUGAACUGCCGACAGGGUGUCGUCAAGACGUACAGUCUGUUUUAUGAAGCCGGAGAAAUCUUGCAUGCGGCUUUCGAUCAAGUGGGAUCUACUAACCACUGGACUGUCGCAUCGCGGACAUUGCGUGAUGUCGUUGAGUACUUUGGCCCCAAGACGGAUCAGCUCGACUGGUACUAUCAGAAUGGGAAGGUCACAUUCACAAGCUACACUGAGAAGAUCCAAAGUGGAAAAGAAAUUCUCAAGCAGCCGAUGCACACCUCCGUUGCCCUCGAACGAAAAGAUUUUGCCAGCUUCAAUGUUCAAGAAGGUCUGCAUAUCGGCACCAUGGUCAAAGACUUCCGAGCCAUCGUGGCACACGCAGAAUCGAUGAGAGCGCAGGUCACCGCAAGAUAUUCCAGGGGCAAUCGCCCGAUGCAGAUCAGCUAUGAAGACAACGGGGUUCUUGCCGAAUUCACCCUGAUGACUCGGGGCACGACGAAUGUCCCCCAUGCCACGAGCACAAGCACGCCAGCUCGAGAUCUUUCGUUACGGCCUCUCUCUCGUCCUCCAGACAGUCCAGCCACAGAAUCAGCUUCUACUCUUCCUGCAAGUUCUCGUCCUCCCGAUGCUGCAUCCAUGCCGCCUCCGGCGCGGACCUCCUUUCGAGAUCGUGACGCCGCACCACCGACUCUUUCAAAGACCGCAUCAGGAGAUUCUGCACCCCUUCCGGCUGGCAGUCUCAACACCGAGAGUAUGUUCAUCCCUGCUGAUGAUGACGAUCACCAAUGGGGGGAACCCAAUUUCGAAGAGGAGCCCGAUAUAGUGACCUGGGACAACACGGCCGACGAAGUAUCCGCAUCGAGCUCUCGUCACAUCCGCGAUUCCGAACUACACUCUUUUGCAUCGAUGCAAGACCAAGAUCGUCGGUCGACCAUGACAAGGUCAAGAUUUCCGCAAGAAAUUGCGCCCACUCAGCGACUUUCUCAGGUUCGCGGCAUUUUCGACUGAAAUACAUUCAGCGCUAGUCAAGUAUCUCUCUCGCAAACCACAAAGCUGGUCGCGCAACCUGCUGCGACAGUCCUCACAUGGAUGCCACCGUCAAUCCAGGGCAAAGGGAUCGCAUUCCAUUGAUCGGCGACGUACCCUGUAAGGUCCAAUUUUUCGCCACAGUUCCCAUGUUCACCCCAUCCCCAGGCAACGAUUUGACCAUCGUGCGCGAGACCUAUGCAAUGCUCGCUCCCUGCGGCCAGGGCUCUCAAAGGAGGUAAAUCGGCUGGCGGAAGUUGGCCACGAUGGUUUUUGCCAGUACUGAUUACAUGUGCAGACGACAAAAUGUGGAUCGAGCUCCAGCCUGAGACCACAAUAUCUCCAGCUUGUAAUGAAUACUGCAGCACUCGUUCGUCAAAG